AUGUGCUAUCGAUUAGACGGGUUGGGGUAUUUCAAAGAUCUAUCCCUUGCCCCGGACGCCGCAAUCCCCACGGUUUUCCAUCAACUCCAUUGCCUGUAUACCCUCAGACGAGCCUACUAUGCCAAAUCAGAGUCGCUAGAGUCGUUUGAUCUUGGCAAAAAUCGCUCGGUACAUGUGGCGCACUGUUUCGACUACCUACAACAAGGCAUCACCUGCUCUGCCGACACAACAGUAGAGCCAGCAGUCGACGAGCAGGGCGGGUUUCUUGGUACUGGGUUUAAGCGCCAGUGUCGAGACUUUGAGUACCUUAAAGAAUUUGUAGCUGAACGACGGAUCUUCGAUAAGACCGGCUUUUUGGCUGUUUCGCACCAUCACGAUUAG